GGCCCGUGACGACGGGGUAUUUUUAGGAGGCCCGCAGGCACCUUGGCCGCAGCGCAUCCCAACACUGUGCCCAGUCGGAGUCCAGUGCUCGCCCCGAACGCACCGAGGAACAGCUCCUUCGCUUAGCACACGCUACCAACACACAACACACAAGCCAUGGCUAACCGCGGACCCGCCUACGGACUCAGCGCCCAAGUCCAGAACAAGAUCGCUGGCAAGCGCGACCCAGCUCUGGAGGAAAGCAUCAUGCAGUGGAUGAGCGCCAUCCUCGGACAGCCCCUGCCGAACGGUGACUUCGGUGACAUCCUCCGUGACGGUGUUGUCCUCUGCAACCUGAUGAACAAGCUGAUGCCCGGCUGCAUCCCCAAGAUCAACACAUCCGGUGGCCAGUUCAAGCUCAUGGAGAACAUCACCCACUUCCAGAACGCCGCCAAGGCCUGGGGCGUGCCCGAGAUCGACGUCUUCCAGACCGUCGACCUCUGGGAGAAGAGGAACAUCCCCCAGGUCGCACAGUGCCUGAUGGCCGUCGGCCGCGCCUGCUACAUGCACCCCGAGUACCGGGGACCCUGCCUCGGACCCAAGCCCGCCGAGGAGCAGAAGCGUGAAUGGACGCAGGAGCAGCUGCGUGCCGGCGAAGGCAUCAUCAACCUGCAGUACGGCUCCAACAAGGGCGCCACCCAGAGCGGCCAGAACUUCGGCAACACCCGGCACAUGUGAAGCGCUCGCCAGAACUUCCCCGACCUGCACGCACGCUUCUCGACACACGCAACAACAAAAGAUCACGUGUCAUCUUACGCUUGCCGCCAAGCUGCUGCCCCAAGUCGACGAAGAAGAAACAAAGCAUCCGUGCGAAAGCCUGAUGCAACCGUACAACAACAGACUGUACACAUUAUUAAGUUAUUGUUAAAAAAAAUGACACUUUUAUCUCGACCUUUCCUGUGCCCCCCCUGACUUUCUCUUCCUUUUCGUUUGUGGCUUGAAUACAAGCCGAAAUCCACGCUGAAACUCGAAUAGAUUAGUCACUGUAGGUCUGACGACGUCCUGCCGGGGAUUGGGGUUAGACUAAAAUCUUUAACGUGGGUCUUGUAAGCCACCUUCGAAUGUCCCUUUGCCUUUGUGAAAUGGAACGAAAACCUGACAGCGAGACUGACCGCCCUUUCUUUCUACCCUCCUUCUUUCGUAUCCACCUUCCGGCACAUUUACAAAUGCCGUAAACAUUGAUUGUUAUCAGAUACGAGUACAGUUGCCCCUCUGUUGCUCUCCUAACUUCCUGUCCCCUAGCCACGCUGCGCGUCAUAAACCUUGCCGACGUUGAAGCCAUGCGAAGAUGAAACCUUGAUGUGAAAUGCCCGUUUAAGGAGCAUGGCUGGAGUUUCUCCCGUUUUUUUAUCUCUUAAUUAAACGUCUGCAAAGACGACUGCGCGAGAGAAGUUCAAUCCUGCUCCUUCUCCGAGUAUUUUUGUACGUGACAGGUCACGCGAAUGGUUUAAAUAAAUCAUUGAGUAUGACUGUUAAA